GUCGGCUCGGCGGGCGGUGUCCGGACGCAGGUGCCGGCCAGAGCGGAGCUAGCGGCGCUGACGGGACCGGCCGGGCCGGGACCAGGGCCGGGGCGAGCGGAGGAGCCUGCGCGGCCGCCCGGCCCGGCCGCGGAUCAGGCUCCUGGGACCAUGGGCCUUGGGCCCUGAGGACGCGGGGCUCCCUGUGGCCAUGACGACGGGUGACUGCUGUCACCUCCCUGGCUCCCUGUGCGACUGCUCUGACAGCCCCGCCUUCUCCAAGGUCGUGGAGGCCACGGGCCUCGGGCCACCCCAGUAUGUGGCACAGGUGACUUCAAGGGACGGCCGGCUCCUCUCGACCGUCGUCCGGGCCUUGGACACGCCGAGCGAUGGUCCCUUCUGCCGGAUCUGCCAUGAGGGAGCGAAUGGGGAGAGCUUGCUGUCUCCAUGUGGUUGCACAGGCACGCUGGGCGCCGUGCACAAGAGCUGUCUGGAGAGGUGGCUUUCCUCAUCCAACACCAGCUACUGCGAGCUGUGCCAUACGGAGUUUGCAGUGGAGAAGCGACCCCGGCCCCUCACAGAGUGGCUGAAGGACCCAGGGCCUCGGACAGAGAAGAGGACAUUGUGCUGCGACAUGGUGUGCUUCCUGUUCAUCACGCCGCUGGCCGCCAUCUCGGGCUGGCUGUGCCUGCGCGGGGCCCAGGACCACCUCCGGCUCCACAGCCGGCUGGAGGCGGUGGGGCUCAUCGCCCUCACCAUCGCCCUCUUUACCAUCUACGUCCUCUGGACGCUGGUCUCAUUCCGCUACCAUUGCCAGCUGUACUCCGAGUGGAGAAGGACCAACCAGAAAGUGCGCCUGAAGAUCCGGGCCAAUGAUGGCCCCGAGGGCACCCAGCACUCCCCGCUGGCGGCUGGACUCCUGAAGAAGGUGGCAGAGGAGACGCCUGUGUGAAGGCCUGGCUGGCAGGGCCAGAGGCAGCUGGCGGUGCCCUGGCGUUUGGAAGGACAGACACUGCUAGACCCUUCCUGCACGGCUGGAACACUUCUUAGGCCAAAAGAAGCCAAAGCAGAGCCGAUUCUGUGAUUCCCGUGUGAAGCUCUUCUCAGAUUUGCACACUCUUGUACACGAGGAGGACAGGCGGAUGUGGUCCUGAGCUUCAGAUGGAGCGGGCACCCUGAUCUCAUUCUGAGGUCUACCUGGCCCCUCCUGGGCCAGCAGCCGUGGCCGGGAGCGGGUCGCGGGCACCCAUCGGGCUGGGAGGUUCCACAAGCUUCUUGCACUUUUCUGCACCUGGCAGGCUCACAUUCCCGGCACCCUUGACUUUGUAAAGUUGCACCGAGUUUCAAAAACCCACCCCCACCCCCUGCCCCCAGUGAAUAAAAGGAGCCCUUGAUGGACAAAACGG